AUGGCUGAUAUCCACGACCAAGCUACCCUUGCUGCUGCCAUCGCCAACUUCAAGCCUACAUCCCGUGAAGUCAUCAGCGGAAUCGCGCCGCAUGUGUUCGAGGAUCGGAGGUACCUCCAGCGGAGGAGAAGUAGGCGCAAUGGGAGCCCCGUUAGGCGGCAACGGAGCCUAGCUGCUCUGAAUCGUAGUAAUGGGGGGACCAAGCGGUCACCACUGAGGAUAUCGGCUGUAAUUAAUUUGGACGACCCAGAUGAGCCAAAGGCGACAUGUACGCAAGAGACGGUACAGGUGUCCAAUGCAGAUACCCGCAAUAUCAAGAAGUCGAGGAGGCGGACAUUCCUCAGCAUGGAAUUGUCAUUAGUGAUACUAAAGACUCUCACUUCUAAAUUAAAGUGA